AAUAUGCUCUUGCAUCCUCUUUAUUAUUGCCUUACAGUGCUAACUGAGCCAACCUUGAGUAUGCUGGGACUGCAGUGAGCCACCAUGGACCCAGAGGAACAGGAGCUGCUGAAUGACUACCGCUACCGGAGCUACUCAGCCGAUGAGAAGGCUCUUCGGAACUUUGAGUCCUCCAGCGAAUGGGCCGACCUCAUAUCAUCUCUGGGCAAGCUCAACAAGGCCCUGCAGAGUAAUCUGAAAUACUCCCUCCUCCCGAAGAGGCUGAUCAUCUGCAAGCGUCUUUCACAGUGCCUCCACCCCGCCCUGCCCAGUGGUGUGCACCUCAAGGCUCUGGAGACCUAUGAGGUCAUCUUCAAGAUCAUCGGCACCAAAUGGCUCGCCAAGGAUCUCUUCAUAUACAGCUCUGGGCUCUUUCCCCUGCUGAGCUAUGCUGCGAUGUCCGUGAAGCCGGCGUUGCUGACUCUGUACGAGCGGUACUUCCUGCCCCUGCAGCGCGCCCUGCUGCCCAGCCUGCAGGCCUUCGUCACAGGCCUGCUUCCUGGCCUGGAGGAGGGCCUGGAGGUCUAUGACAGGACAGACGCCCUGUUGGUGAAGCUGUCUGUGUUGGUGGGGCAGCAGGUGUUCUAUGGGUCCCUGUGGGGUAGUGUGUUGAUCAGCCCCCUGGUGCGUCUCCCCGCCUCCCUCUUCAUCGUCUCACACUUUGACAGGACCAGCACCGCCCACCAGCAGAGAUAUAUGCUGGGUUCUGACCAUCGGCUGGUGAUGAAGUCGGUAUGCAUGUCCCUGCAGGACUCUAACGUGCUGGUGCAGCGGAACAUGCUGGAAAUCCUGCUGAACUUUUUCCCCUUGUACAGCUGUCUGGAUCCAGAAGAGGGCAGCAUUCCUAUGACCCGGGAUGACAUGGUCACCAUUAUGUCUGCAGCCUCCCUCACUCUACUGAGAAGAGACAUGUCACUGAACAGAAGGCUGUAUGCCUGGCUUCUAGGCACCGAUAUUAAAGGAGACAUGUUGGCACCAGACCCCCAGAUGUCUUGCACACUGGAGGAGCACACAGCCUUUUACUUCCAUAAAUACUCCAGACAGUUCCUGGUACAGGCACUGAUCAGCAUCCUGCAGCAGAGGGGUGAAGAGACUGACACGGAGAGUGUUGUGGCCUAUCUCAGACCAUUCCGCAUCUUACUCAGCCUGCUGGACAAGCCAGAGAUAGGUCCUCAGAUCACAGGUGAGCUGAUGCUGGAGGUCAUCAGGGCUUUCUACCGGUACUGCCGGGAGAUGUUGGGGGAGGAUGCUGAUCUCAACUCCAGCUUCACAGGGAACCAAAUGACCAGUAAAAUCAAAGAGAACAAGAAUGCGUCUGAGAUCAUAAAGACGGUGAACAUGCUGAUCAGCUCCAUGAACACAGAGUACCUGUGGGACUACAUGAGCAGAUGCUUCCAGACCUCCCUCAGUGCACAGACGUCAGCUGACCCAGCGACCAUCGUGCUGACGGACAGCAGUGCCCCGCCCUCUGUAUCUGAGCUGUCCAGUCUCAUCUUAUUUCUGCUGGACGUUGUCCCUCUGGAGCUGUACUCUGAGAUCCAAACCCAGUACCUGCCACAGAUGCUGGCCAGCAUGCUCCAUGCCCUUCAGAGUAACAUGAUCCUCCUGAGCCUGUCGGAGCUCACCCAGGGCCUGCGCGCUUGCUUUAAGGUGCUCAGCAAGAUCCAGAUGCCCGUGGCAUACAUGGACAUGGAGGCAGAGCUACAGACCCGGGAUGGGUACGGGGACCCUGCCCAGGUUGUGAAGGAAGGGCCGGUGGAUGAGGAAGACGCGCAGGUGGAUGAUGCUGACGGAGAAGAGGAGGAGGAGGUGCAGGCUCUGAAUGGCGAGGAGGAGCAGGGAGCAGGGCCCGGGGACUCAGCGCUCCCUCCCCUGCGCUCCGAGGACAGCGGGCUGGGCCUCAGCGCCUCGCCCUCGGAGCAGCACCUCCUCCAGAGCAGGGAGGGAGGAGGCCAGGGGCUGUUCCCGGAGAAGGAUGACGUGUGGAGGAAGGGGGGCAGCAUGGAGGGAGUGACCCACAUAGUGCAGGACAUCCUGGCUGCUCUCAUCACCAGGUACCUGCUGCGGUUGGUGGAGAAGGAGAAGAAGCAGGACGAGGAGGGGCAGGCGGACCCCCCCCCCACGGCCCCCGCAGGCAGACCUCCGCUGGGCCGCCAGAUCUCAGUGCCGCAGUUCAAAGAGAAGCUGACGGAGCUCUUCAGCCCUGGCAGACCAAAGCACCAGCAGCAGCAGCAGGCUGAUGCCUCCUUCUCCCCCGGAGGGAAGAGGAAGUGUGGGGACCCCGUGGGGCCAGACUGGGGAGCGGGGUAUGUCUCUCGGGAUCGGGGGGAGAUUUCGGAGGCGUGCCGGCAGACCUUCACCGCGGCCUGUCACCUCCUGCUGGAGUGCACCACCUUCCCUGUGUACCUGUCUGAGGACGAGGUGGAGGCGCUGUACAGCUCCAUGUUCCGCAGUGUGGGCAGUGGUGAAGACACCUUCCCUCUGUGGCUGAAUUCCUUGAUGGUGCUGUGCUGCUUGUCGAAGGACUGCUACAUCCAGCAUGUGGCCAUUGCUUCUCUGCUGGAGCUGAUCAAUCACUCCCAGUCAUUGGCCCUGGUCAUAGAGGACAAGAACCGCAGAUACAAGAGCUCAGACACCAACCCCUUCUGUGGGCGGCUGCAGAUGGUCACUUUGCCCCCAGUUUACCCCAGGGUUCUGAAGGCCAUCGAGGGCAGGACAGAUUUCUAUCAGCGUGUGGCGCAUGUGCUCUGGGAGCAGCUUGAUACGGAGCGGAGAGAGCACCACAUAUCGUGUGUGGAGCUCUUUUACCGCCUGCACUGCCUGGCACCUUCCACCUCCAUCUGCGAGGACAUCAUCUGUGUGGCGCUGCUGCACAAAGACAAGGCGGUACGACUGGAAGCUCUUCAUCGGUUCUCAGUUAUGUGGCACCUGACCCGAGAGAUCCAGACCAGUCGGACCAUGUCACUGAACCGCUCGUUUGACAGGUCUCUGUUCAUGGUUCUGGACAGCCUCAACAGUCAGGACGGGUCAAUCAGUGCAGCGGGACAGAGCUGGCUGGUGCGGGCUCUGUCCCUCAACGAUGUGGUCCGAAUCCUGGAACCGGUUCUGCUCCUGCUUCUCCACCCCAGGACCCAACGCUCCUCCAUCAGCUCCGUCAAACAAAACCUGACCAUAGGUAACCUAAAGCUUCCCAGCUGCAAGGAGCGAGCAACCUCCUGCAAUUGGCAGUCUGGCGACACCAUGGCAACUGACAGCCUAUCACAGGAAGGCCUGCUGGGCCGUGUCACCAUAGUGGACCGCGAGGCCCUCUGGGCUGAGGUGGAGCAUGCUCCCGAAACGCGGCCCCCUGGGGAGUGCGGGAGCGAGUGUGACGACACAGAGGAAGAGGAAGAAGAGGAAGGGAGGACCCGGGACGAGCAGGAGGAGGACAGCGAGCAUACCGAAUCUGCAGACACCAGCGGUGCCCAACUCUCCACGGACAACUCCAGCUCCGGCUCCACGCCCUACCUGCAGCGGCCGGACUGUGACGGCCCCGCCCCCGGCCGCACCCCGAACGGCCUCUGGCGCACCGACUCUGAGCGCACGCAAGCAUCGGAGUCUCUCUCCAGUGACGAGGACGAAGCGGAGCUGGAGGCGCUGGCCCGCUCGCGCCUCCUCCGGCAGGAGCAGGAGCGGCGGGAGGCGGUGGACUCGCUCUUCCGCCACACGCUGCUCUACCUGCAGCCCUACGACUCCACGCGCGUGCUCUACGCCUUCUCCGUGCUGGAGACCCUGCUCCGCUCCAACGGCCGCCCCUUUGCCGAGGCCGUCUGCUCCACCGGCGUGGACACCAGCUCCACCGCCCACCUCAACCUCAUCUGCAACCUGCUGCAGCGCCACCGGGAGGCGCUGGAGGGCCGCAGCUUCUACGGCCGGCUGCAGACGCAGUCGCCCGCACCCUGCCCGCACUCGCUGCUGGUGGAGCUGCUGACCUGCCUGUGCCUGCGCUUCCUGCGCUCGUACUACCCCCGCCGGCUCCGCCUGGGGCCCCGCGACCUGCCGGGGAACCGGGACGUGCAGGUGAAGAGCGUGGAGGUGCUCACCCACUUGGCGCAGCAGCUGGUGGGCCUCACGGCCUCUCCGGAGGGCCGCAGCCGGGAGUUUGUCCGCCGCCUGCUGGCGGAGUGCAAGGUGCAGCAGUACGUCCUGCUGUCCCUCUCCGCCUCCAUGUACGUGAGCCAGCGGCAGGGCGACCCCUCCGGGGAGGAGGACCUCGCCCAGGGGCCGGACGGGCUGUCGGAGGAGCAGCUGGUCAACGUCGGUCGCGGCCCGCCGUGGAGCGAGCACCCCCUGCAGAUGGAGUUGCUGAGGUUGCUGCGGGUGCUGGUCGUGCUGGAGCACCAGGUGUGGCCGGGCGGGGCCGGGGAGCCCGCCCCCGUCGCCCCGGCGACCUCCCCGCUGGCCCGGGAGUGGCAGACGGCGGUGCAGUUCCAGCAGGCCAUCCGCGCCCCGCAGUACGUGCCGGCCCAGCCUAUCCCCUCACAGGGCAUGUUCGUGUCGGCCGCCGCCCGCGCCCUGCAGCCGCGGUAUGGCUACGCCCUGCACGGGCCCUGGGUGGCACUCAUCUGCGCCGCCCUCCCCUACCUGGGCCGCUCCUUGGCCGUCACCAUCGCCCCCUUCAUCGCCCAGAUCUGCAAGAACCUGGACGAGCUGGUCCGGCAGUAUGAGCACGAGUCCAUGAAGGCUUCCCACAGCUGGAGUCCAAAGAGAGAGAACAUUGCCCCAGAUUACCCUCUGACCCUGCUGGAAGGGCUGACCACCAUUGCACACUACUGCCUCCUGGAGGACAAGAAGUCUCCCAUGGCUCCUGACCCGGCUGACAUUCGCAAUGCGCGUAACGCCAUCAUCGAGGAGCUGCCACGUGCAGUCAAUACCAUGGCGCUGCUGUGGGGUGUUGUCCGAAGGGAGGAGACACAGAAGAAGACCUUGGACUCCACCCCUGGUGGUUGCAGAAACACCUCAACCUCUGUCUACUUCAGGAGCAGCAAGAUAUUGAGACAGAAGAUUCUGGACUUCCUGAACCCCCUCACUGCACAGUUUGGGGUACAGUUCAUGGCUUCGGUGGGGGCUGUCUGGAACAGCCGGAAAAGUAGGAAAACAAGCAAAAACAAGAUUUUGCCAGUGGCCAGUGAGUCGCAUCAGACGAUUGUGGAGCUGGUAAAGUCUCUGACCUCGCUGCGCACUGACUCCAUCCUGCAGCUUGUCAAAGAGGUGGUGAAAAAGCCACACCAGAUAAAAGGAGACCAGAAAUCCACCCUGGUUGACAUUCCCAUGCUCCAGUUCAGCUAUGCCUUCAUCCAAGGCUUGUCUGUACAGAGCCUCCAGGAGAACAUCACUCCUGUUCUCAAUCUGCUGAAGGAAUCCGUGCAGCUGAACCUGGCCCCGCCCGGACACUUCCUGCUCCUGGGGAUCCUCAAUGAUUUUGUGAAUAGAGUUCCAAAUCUGGACAACAAGAGAGACACAAAAGACAUUCAGGAGGUGACACAGCGGGUGCUGGAGAUGGUGGGUGGAGUGGCAGGCUCCUCCCUGGAGCAGACCAGCUGGCUCAGCCGGAGCCUGGAGGUCAAGCCUCAGCCACAAGUGUGUCUGGAACAGGACGACCCGGAGGACACCGACCUCUGCGACACUGAUGCUCAGGCCAGCGCCAUGGUCUCCUCCUCUGUCCCAUCUGUCUACAGUGUUCAGGCUCUCACCCUGCUGGCUGAGGUGCUGGCUCCUCUCCUGGACAUGGUGUACCGCAGCGAUGAGAAGGAGAAAGCUGUUCCACUCAUAUCCCGCCUCAUGUACUAUGUCUUUCCCUACCUGAAAAACCACAGCGCCUACAACACGCCCAGCUUCUGCGCUGGGGCGCAGCUCUUGAGUAGCCUCAGUGGUUAUGCCUACACCAAGAGAGCCUGGAAGAAGGAGGCCUUUGACCUCUACAUGGACCCGCUGUUCUUCCACAUGGACCCUGCAUGCGCUACUCACUGGGCCUCCAUCAUCGACCACCUGCUGACCCACGAGAAAACCAUGUUUAAGGACCUGAUGAGCAUGCAGAGCAGUGCGCUGAAGGUCUUCCCAAACUGUGAGCAGAAAGCUAUGCUGCUGAAGCGCCAGGCCUUUGCCAUGUUUAGUGGAGAACUAGACCAGUAUCACCUCUACCUGCCACUUAUCCAAGAGCGUCUGACGGAGAACCUACGCAUGGGGCAGACCCCUUCGGUGAUGGCCCAGAUGUUUCUCACUUUUCGGGUGCUGCUUUUGAGGAUCUCCCCCCACCACCUCACCUCCCUGUGGCCCAUCAUGGUCACUGAGCUGAUCCGUGUGUUUGUCAGAUUGGAAAAGGUUUUGCUGGAAGACAAAGAGGUCCCAAAGACCCUCAGUAAGGGGGGAGGGGCACGAGUGGGCCAGCGGAGGAAUGUGGUGGUGUUCUCUCAGAAGGAACUGGACAUGUACUUGUCGGCCUGCAAAUUCCUGGACACGGCCCUGUCCUUCCCGCCAGAAAGGAUGCCCCUGUUCCAGAUGUAUCGCUGGGCAUUUGUUCCUGAGGUAGAUGUGGACAGCUAUAGUGGGCCAGGGAAUAGCAUCAUGGAAGGAGAGCAGGAGUGCCGGCCUCAUAUUGUCAGAGUGAUGGAAGGGCUCCGUUACAGAUUUGGGGAGCAGAACGGUGCCGGUGAAGGGAUGAAACCUGAGCAUCUGAAGUUCCCCCUUCUCACUCUGCGCUCAGUCUCCUCCAUCACCCAGCUUGUGCCCUUCCUUCGGGUGCUGGGCUGCUCCUUCAGGGGCCCUGGAACUGACCCCCAGCCUGACCUCCUGCCCGUGGCCGAAUAUCCUGCUGCCAACAGCAAUGUUGUCCUCUGGAAGUUGGAGCAGGUCAUCGAGGGUGAGUUCCUGGAGUGCAUGGACGGCUAACACCCAGAACAUUGGAAUGUUGUAAGUGACCUCAGCUCGGCAAAGUGGUGGGUUUGGCCUUGGAUGAAGGAUGUUGGAUGAAUUCAUGUUCAAAAGGAAAUAUCAGGGGCAAUGCCAUCCCUGAUAGUUUCAUCAGGAAUAAUAAAAUAGGGAUAAGGCAGUCAUGACUUCACCUUACUGUAUGAAAUCAGAGAAUCCCAUCAGUUAUGGAGUAUGUGGUUGACAACCAAUAGGAACAAAACGGGUGGUCCAGUAGUUGUUGGAUACCUUUCUGGCUAUACUCCCAGGUCCCCUGUGGGUAUUGCCAGGUAGCAUCCAACAUUUGCUAUUUGCAUUGUACUAUUGUUUAUACCAACAUACUUCAUGAUUUGUGGAGCCCCUCUUUGUUUUCUACCAGUAAUAUCCCAGAACUCGAGAAUUCUGGGGAUCCCUGUGUUGUUUUCUUCUGUAAAACUUAAUGUGACUUGUUCUGUUCAUUGGUAAUCUGUGCUUAUAUGUAAUUCUGUUUUAUUCAAAGUAAUGUAUUGUACAGCCAAACUGUAAACUCCAAACACCUCUCUCAGGGGUGACAGAAUGUUUCAUCGUACCUCAACUGGGGAAUGCUUGUGGAGUACUCCUGUGAGAUGUGAAGUAUAGAAUGCCUUUGUUUUCCAUAAAUAUAUAUUUUUUUUGUUUAUUUAAAUCACUAAGUUCCAGUGAAUGUAAACAUGUUUUUUUUUCUUAGUUAUUUUUUAUUCAACAAAGUUUUUCAGAAGUUCUUUACCCCUUAAAAUAUCCCCCCCUACCUCUCACACCUCAGGCCAUGGAACAUGGUCAAGAGACAACCCAAAUCAAUAAUCAAAACACCCAAAAUCAGAACAAAAACUCAACAGCAGCCGAAUGCCAGGCAUCCAACUUUCUGUAAUUUCUGUAAUCCCAUGAAUCUGAGCGAUCAAUGUUUCCGUGUCGACAAUUUAGAAAAAGCUAUUUACCCAAUGAGACCAGGUCAGGAAGUAUAGUGGCUUCCACCUUUGUGCAAUCAUCUUUUUAGCUGCAGUGAGGCCAGCCAACCAUACACAUACAAGUUUCAAAUUGUCAUUUAAAAUUAAUACUCUGAAACGUCCGUUAACAAUAUUGGAUAAAGUUUUGGCCACUUGGUUCCAAACUGAUUUGCCAUGGGGCAAUUCCAAAACAUAUGCAUGAAGGUGCUGAUGGACCCCUGAGGACACAACUCACAGAUCAGAGAAUGAGCGAGCUUCAUGUGACCACUGCCACACCUUUUAAGAAUGGGCUUACCUCUGGUGGUAGACAUGGGUUCCAGGGGGAAUAGGCCUAACAUUUUGAAUAGUCAGUCUGGAUGUCAUCUUCAAUGAGGAAUACAAUGUUCCAAUGCAGAAAUUCAAUACAGAAUUCUGAAUGUGUAUUUCAUUCUGUACCAAUGCAAAACAAGGUUCAGUUUUUUUUCUGUAGAAUAGAUUAGUUGUUAUCCUUAUUCUUUUGAUGUUACCAGUACCAGUAUUAGUGCAGUUAUGUUUUUGGUAGGGUUGGGGGUAAACCACACUGGUAAUGUAGACCAGAAUGCAUGAACAAACAUGAAACUGUCUCUAUAGUCUAAAAGUCUGUCAGAAUUACAGUAUAUGACCUGGAGAGGUGGUGGAAUUUAAUUAUACUUCCUUAUUGAAAGAUAUCAAAAUUUGGUUUGGAAGAUAAAAGACUGAAAACCCUGUAUGUGUGUAAUAUAAUUCAUAUUCCCGAUCGGCCUCAGUGGUUUUAUUCCUGGAUAAGUGUGCAGUACAGAACAGCCUCAUAUGUGACUAAAAACAGUAGACAUUUACCUGCUUUGUUUUUUAUUCAUGGGAACAGUCAAUCUUGUGUCUUGUUGGGAAUACUAUAUGUGGUCCAAGUCUUAGUGGGGGGUUUUAUUCCUUACAUACAUUACAUGCAACAAUUAUGUCAAUGUUUUAAGAACUUAAAUUAAUUGUGUGAAAUUACAUGAUUAACUGUUAUUAUCAUUACUAAUAAAAUAAACCCUGUAAAUAAAAUUGUCACCUGUAAAGAUAGAAUAAAUGAAUGGCACUUGAAUCAUA